AUGAAAUUUGCUCUGUCAACAUUUUCCGGUUUAGAAUUCAUUGAGAUAACUCAAUACAGUCAACAUGUAUUCAAUGUUAAAUUAAAUCAACCGGAAACCAGAAAUGCAUUCACUUUACCAUUCUGGAGAGAACUUCAAAAUGUUUUCAACAAUUUAGCAACCAAUUCCAAAUGUCGUGCAAUUGUACUAUCUGCAGCCGGAAAAUCAUUUUGUUCAGGAAUGAAUCUCAAAACUGAAUUUGAUCAACUUUCGGCAAUUAUUCGGAGUGACACGUUGGAUAUUAGUCGUAAAUCGUUGAAAAUUCGUGAACUAAUAGCUAUAUGUCAAGAUAGUUUUACAUCACUGGAAAAAUGUCCAAAACCAAUAAUCGCCGCAAUUCAUGGCCAUUGUAUCGGAGCUGGAAUAAGCCUUGUCGCUGCUGCUGACAUACGUUAUGCUGCUAAUAAUACAAUCUUCUCAAUAAAAGAGGUGGAUAUUGGCCUAGCUGCCGAUGUUGGCAUUUUAAAUCGAGUUAACAAACUUGUUGGAAAUGACAGUUUAACUCGUGAAUUUGCUUAUACAGCUCGUGAUUUUCAUAGUUCGGAAGCAUUGAAAUACGGUUUCAUAUCUCGACAAUUCGAUAGUACCGAAGAAUGCUUAUCAGCGGCUUUAUCACUAGCUGAUAAUAUUGCCAUGAAAAGCCCAAUUGCUGUUCAAGGUACUAAAUUAGCGCUGAACUAUUCUCGUGAUCAUCCUAUUGAUGAUUCCAUCCAAUUUAUCCGCACAUGGAAUCAAUCACAGCUUCAAUCCGAGGAUUUAUUCCAAACAAGUGCUGCUGCAUUUACCAAUGAGAAGCCUAAAUUCAGCGAUGCUUAAUAUGCUUGCAUGCAAAAACUGGUUCAUUUUGGUGAC